UAAAGAUGGAUGCGCCCUAUAGAAUUUUUUUCUUCUUCAGAGACUGUGUAACAUUGACUGUGUAACAUCUAUUGGAGAUAUAUUUCAGCAUGGUAAGAUACGUUGUCGUAGGAGGAGGCAUCGCUGGAGUAACCUGUGUGGAAACGCUUUCAUCUCUGUGCCCAGAAGAAGAGGUACUUCUGAUAACAGCCUCCCCACUGAUUAAAGCCAUCACCAACUACAAAAAGAUAACGAAAACCUUGGAGGAUUUUGAUGUUGAAGAGAGACCAAGCAUUUCCUUACAAACAGAAUGCAUCAAUGUCAAAGUUCUACAGAAGAGUGUGGUUUCCCUCAAUGCUAGGUCACAUGUACUAAAACUGAGUGACGGUGAAGAGGUCCAUUAUCAGAAGCUGUGCCUUUGUACAGGAGGCCGACCAAAGCUUAUUCUAGACAGCAGUCCAUAUAUCCUAGGGAUUCGUGACACAGAAAGUGUACAGGAAUUUCAGAAGAGACUAUCUACAGCUAGAAGAGUAAUGGUGCUGGGUAAUGGAGGUAUAGCUACAGAACUUGUUUACGAGAUAGAGGGCUGUGAAGUAGUUUGGGCUAUCAAGGACAAGUCCAUCAGCAAUACAUUUGUAGACCCUGGGGCAGGGGAGUUCUUCAUGGCAGAGAUUAACAAAAAGAAAGAGGCCAGAGAAGAAAAACCAUCCAAAAGACUCAAGUACACUGUUCAAGAUGUCAGGAGUCUGAGCACAAAGGACACGCCCCUGGGCGGAGCUCUUGGUCCUGAUUGGUCAGCAGAUCUAUCCAUGACUGGCACACAGGAAAUUUCCCAUUGUGUGACUGUAGAGAAGUGUGUAGAAGUCAGGAGGGUGUAUACGAGGGAGGAAUUCCAGGAAUCGGGCAAACGGUCCACAGACCUCUCUGGAAAUGUAGAUCAGGAUUCCUGGCCUAUUUACAUAGAGCUGACUAAUGACAAAGUAUAUGGCUGUGAUUUUUUGGUCAGUGCCACGGGAGUUAUCCCUAAUACCUCCCAAUUCUUAGCUGGAAAUCAGUUUUCCCUGGCAGAGGACGGUGGUAUUUGUGUGGAUGAUAAAAUGAGGACCUCGGAGGUAGAUGUGUACGCUGCUGGUGAUGUGUGUACAGCGUGCUGGGAACCAGCACAGCACUGGUUACAGAUGCGUCUUUGGUCCCAGGCCAGGCAGAUGGGUGCCUACUCAGCUCAGUGUAUGGUGGCAGAUAUAAAGGGCCAACCAAUAUCUCUGGAUUUCUGUUUCGAAGUUUUUGCACACGUAACGAAAUUCUUUGGUUAUAAAGUUAUCCUCUUAGGUAAAUUCAAUGCCCAAGGACUUGGGAGAGACUAUGAAAUUUUACUUAGGGUCACAAAAGGUUUGGAAUAUGUGAAAGUUGUAUUAAGAAAUGGACGAAUGGAGGGGGCGAUUCUUAUUGGUGAGACCGAUCUAGAAGAAACUUUUGAAAAUCUGAUUCUGAAUAAGACUGACUUAACUCCCUUUAAGGAUCACUUAUUAGAUCCUGAUAUAGAUAUAGAGGACUUUUUUGAUUGAAAACAUUUUUGUAAAGACAAAAAAAUUUACAUUUUCUCUAAUAAAGAUCAUGCU